AUGGAGUCAUCCGAGCGACGGCCCAAGGCGAGCGCCCUAUUCCCAUCUCUAGAGUCAGCCCUGUCUCAGGCAUGCAAUGGUCAUGGGAGCCCCUGCCUCACCGUCAAGCUGUUGCGCUCCGACAGCCUCCUGCAGACCACAGCUUCUACUGCUAUUGUUACAGCAGCUGUUGCUAACAGAUGUGUCUACUAUGCUACGGGGACUCACAGGAGUUCUGUAUAUAGAUGGUAUCCCGAUGACAACCAAGUGGAGCAGAUCCAACUCCCCUCUGCAGCAGCAGCCGGGCAGGCUCGAGGCUCCACCUCGGCAUCGUUCGCUAACGUGUGCGCGCUCUUCCUCGACCCUGUAUCGGCUUUCCACUGCAUCAUAGCUACGGCUAACAACAUUAACUAUUACGUUAGCUUCGACAGCCCCUCCGCUGUUGAGCUGACCAAGCUCCGUGGUCAUCAGAUCGAAUGCGUCGAGUGGCCCGAGGCUUGUGUCACUGGUGAUGGAGCGUUGACACAGACAAGUACCGGCGAUGUCGUAGUAGGCACACGAGCUGGAGUGUUCUUCCUUUUGAGAGUAGCCAACGGUCGAGAGGUCAACUUCAGGCAGCUCAUGGGUAGCCUCGGGCUUGGAGGCCCUCAUCAGCCCUUCACCUCAGAACUGCCCCCAUGGUCCCCGAACCAGUCCGCUAUCACCGCCAUUCGCAUCUUCCAACCCCGCGCGGGCCCACCGCAUUCAUUAUGCUGCCUCAUCCAGCAGGCUCAUCUACUGUACCCAAUAGUCCCCUUUGGCUUCACUGGUGGUCCCAAUGUCGAGCACCUCUUUGCCGGAGUUGGCUCCGGUACCGUCGUCAAGAGGGACCAUUUACUCUAUGAGACGCCCCGUGUAGCAAGGCCGGCCCUGGAAGGGUUCACUCUCCAUGUUCGAGCCACCGAGGGCCGAGUCAUCUGGGCCAGCCCCUCAUGCAUGGUAGAGUUUGACCUCCCGCAAGCCACCUCCCAAAGCCGUCAGCCCGUCGUCGACUCCAAAGCAGCCAUCAUACCAUACCCUACCCUCAACGUGCUGCCCAGCAAGCACAAUGCCACGACUAGCACCAGCUCAGAGUAUCCUAGGGCGUGCGCUCCUACCAAGUACAACCCAUGA